AUGACAGGACAAGACUAUUCUGUGUUUGAGGAGCUCAAAGUGAGUAAGGAGCAAGUUAUAGGGUGUUCGUACUCGAAUUGGUACCCAAAAUUCAAGCUGUAUGUAGCCAAAUCAAUCGUGAUAAAGCCAUUGACAGAUGAGUUCAUUGAGUAUUUGUCAUCAGAAAGUAUACGGCUACCUCAGGAAAAGAGGGAUGAGAUAGUAGCAGAUAGUGAUAAUGAAUAUAGUGACUGGUCGGAUGAUGAAGAAGGGCCUCAAAUCAACCCUACGGAUAAGUUUUCUGCAUUGCACCAAGAGAUAAAGGAUGGAGUACGCCAGUUGGGAGGUAAGGUGAGUCCCAAAUUGAAUUGGUCAGCACCAAAAGAUGCCAAGUGGAUCAUGGCAAAUAAUACCACCAAGUGUGAGGAUGUCUCGGAUGUGUAUUUGCUUUUGAAUGCUUCAGACCACAUUGCACACGACAUUGACGAUGCCUUCAACGAGUGUGGAGAGUCGGAGAAACACACACGUAUUCCCUACGAGUUGGUGUUGCGCCAGUGGGUGGAAAUGAAUCCGGCUUUGGAAUUCAGGGUCUUCAUCAAGAACCGCACCAUAGUGGGGGUGUCCCAACGUGACUUGAACUAUUACGACUACUUAGAAAAGUUGGUACCCAAAUUCAGACAGAAGAUUGAUGAGAUGUUUACAGAAGUCAUUGAGCCCAAUCUAGAGCAAGAUAGCGUUAUUGUUGAUUUGUACAUUCCGCGGCCAUUUGACAAGGUAUGGAUCGUAGAUUUCAACCCAUUCUCGAGAAAAACAGAUUCGUUACUCUUCACCUGGCACGAAUUGAUCCAGACCAACCCAAAAGAAAUAUAUCAAUAUGAACUCAGACUUAUAUCCGAGACCAAUCUUGGACGUUUCUCCAAGAAGGAGCAUAGUGAGAACCAAGUGCCUAUUGAUGUGAUCGAUGCAUCAGUUAACACGGACACCAUGAUAGAGUUGGCCAAAAAAUGGCUGGACUUACAAGAAAAGGGAAAAUAG